AUGUGUAAAGACUCGAAAACGGGAGAUUUUCUUCGAGCCGACCACCUGCUUGAAAAUGUCCUUGAGGCCAGGCUGAAAGGUGACAAGGCUGCUAGAGGUGUUACUAUUGACGCUAAAGAAGAUGACGCCAAAGUAGACGCCAAAAAGCAAAAGAGGAAGGCCAAAGACAUCAAAGCAGUUCAACUUUCUGACAGUGAGGUACAAGAGUAUGAAGAAAUUUUAGCCAAAAUUGAUAAUUACAAUGGGGUUGAACUAGGUGAAUUGAUCGAGAGAUUAGACAUCCGUAAUCCCGAUGGAAACAACAAAGUCCUCCCCCCUACGCCAUUCAACCUCAUGUUCAAGACUACGCUGGGUCCAAGCAGCGUCUCUCCCGGUUAUCUGAGACCCGAAACAGCCCAAGGCCAGUUUCUAAACUUUAAAAAGCUCCUCGAAUACAACCAAAAUACGAUGCCCUUUGCAUCGGCCUCCGUUGGUAAAUCAUUCAGAAAUGAGAUCUCCCCACGGUCAGGUCUGCUUCGUGUACGAGAGUUUCUGAUGGCCGAGAUUGAGCAUUUCGUGGAUCCUGAAGGUGGCAAAAAGCACCACAGAUUCGAUGAAAUCAAAGACCUCCGGUUGAAUUUUCUUGACCGAGAUACACAGCUAUCAGGAAAAACUAGGGUACAAAACAUCUCAAUCGAGGCAGUGAGUAAGAAGCUGGUGGAUAACGAGACCUUGGGGCUUCGAUUUCGACAACACAUGGCGAAUGAAAUGGCACAUUAUGCCGCCGAUUGCUGGGAUGCGGAACUCCUAACCUCGUACGGAUGGAUUGAGUGUGUUGGAUGCGCAGAUCGUAGCGCCUACGAUCUCACUGUACAUUCAAAGAAGACGGGGGAACCUCUGAUCGUUCGCGAGCCGAGGUCAGAGCCAUUGAGGAUAGAAGAAUGA